CUGGAUCUGCUUCUGUGAACUUUAGGAUGGAGUGGACCAAUGUUUUAUAAAGGUUUUAUAUUUUAUGUACAACUUCAGUCAGAUUUGAGCAUCGCAUCAAUUCAGGAUAAAGGCGUUACAAAACAAUAUUAAACAAACAUGCACAUUUUGAUCCGUCGAUAUGAACCUUCUGAUCAAGAAGCCAUUGAAAUGAUUUACCCAGAUGCAAUUAAGGAACACAUCAACACUGCAUUCCUAUACGCCAUGUCCCAGCCUCUUCACAUCACUAUAAGUCUGUUUAUUUGCAUUGGUGCUUAUCUGCUCGGCGGGUCUGUUAUUUUGGCCCUAAUAUGUGGAGGAGCCUGGGUUGGCCUGGUGUACUUCUGCUGCUAUGAGUAUUACGCUUCUUAUGUCCGGAAGAGACUGCGUACGGACAUGAAGGACAUUCCAGGUCACUAUCUUAGCAAUCCAGAUAACUGCUUCUGGGUCGCUGAAGCUGAGAUGAAUGGUAAGCGUCGGAUUUUGGGUAUGGUGGCUGUGGAAGCCAAAGAUGAUGGCGACGGAAAGAGACAUGGAGAGCUUUUACGAAUGAGCGUGUUGUCCACCUGUCGCCGUGCUGGUCUUGGUCGACAGCUGGCUAAAACCGCCAAAGACUUCUGCAAGGAACGUGGCUUUACAAAGAUCAAACUUUCCACCUCUUCUGCUCAAAGAUCAGCCUUGGCAUUUUACUAUAAGAUGGGCUUUAAACUGGUCCUGGUUAAUACUCAAUCUGGGAGACCAAAGUGGUUGGUCUGGAUGACUCGCCUCAAAAUUUUGUACAUGGAGAAGAUUAUGUGAUCCUUAACUGCUGUUAACACACCUGACCUGAGCUCAAUAGCAGAAAGUAUUUGUAACAACAUAGUACUUUUACAGUAUGUACUUGUAGGUAAAAGGAAACAAUAUGUUAAGUUUGGGGUAAUAAUAUGGUAAAAGUAGGCUAUUUUAUAGCUACAGGGUACCUAGUUUUGUAAUAUUAAGUGGUAUAUGACUUAUGUUGAUGGGUUAUAUGGCCUAUUGAUUUUUUGUUAUAUUUUAAAUGAGAUUUUUUUUCAUAUUCGCUACCUAAUGAAAGUUUAUUGUAUACAGUCCAUGUCUAUGAACAUAUUGGCAAAUAAGAUAUAACACUUUUAAUUCGGUAUAGACUGUAUUAUAAUAGCAAAAGUUGAGCUGAUUUUAUUUGGUUAUCUGUGUUUUAAGGCA